GAAAAUGGCAACAUCGCGCCAUCGAACAUGUUUUUGAAGUUUAAAAACGGAGGAGUGGGUUCGUCAAUUUUCUGAGUUCUGACGUUUUUUUAUACAGAAAAGAGCUUCCAGUAUUAAAUAUCAACAACAUAACUUUUUGCUUACACCUAAUAAGUUUAUAAAAUUUAAAUAUAUGAUGGAGGAUUUGGCUGAUGGAAUCAAGACAAAAUCUCUUACAAAUGCAUUGGAAUUACUCACCGAGCAAGUAUUAGAAAUCAGCUCAUUGACAACAAAAGAUUUGGAAGAAAAGCCCCAUCUGAGACAGAGCUUAGAACAUCUCUCAGAUGGCAUCAGGUUAUCAACCCAACAGCUUUGUGAGCUUCUCGCUAGGAAAUUAAAGAACCUUAACCCUUCAAUCAACACUUUUGAAACAUUCAAGGAGAUGCUAAUGACAGCAGAAGAAGCAGCAACAUAUUCUCUUUGGCUUACAGCAGAUGAAACAAGUUUGGAAACAUUCCAGGAGAAAAUUGCUGGGCUUUUAGAAGUUCUUUUAAGGAUUUUUGUUUUUUGGGAUCAGCAGCUCAUUAAAAGUUUUCAAUAUUCCAUCAACUACUUAAAAGAACCUCUUUAUAAUAUGAGGAACACACAGUUUCUUCAUGAAAUUCUGUCUUUAUACAAAGAAUUCAUCAUACGGUUUGGAAGUUUCUCUGAAAAAUUGUCUCAUCGUAUUCAAGAUUUACUUGAUCACAAGUUGCAAAAUGAAUUCUGGAUUCACCUCAAUUGCAUUCGCAAAUUAGUAACUUCCUUUGCUGAAGUUAUCAAGAACAUAGCUUGCUAUCCCUGGAGCAAACAUAGCAAGAUUUCGAAGGAGUUUGUCGUGAAAGAGUUGGUUUCGUUGCUUGACGAGAUAAGCGAACUUCUUGGUUUAGAGCAGUCAGCUGAAGAUAUUCGCGAUGGCACAUCUUUCCUUGGCGCUAUUGACGACGUAUUGGAACAACUUGAACGUAGUCAUUUUGAGGACGAAGAAAUGGGUUGGCGAAUGAAUCUCAUUCUGCAGCACGCCAUGACCGUAUCCAAGUUUUCGUGCGAAGAAGAUCGGAUUCAGAUAACACGCAAUUCGCAACGUGUUUUGAAUGAAUAUCGGUCACUACAAUCUUUGCUACACAAUUUAGAAAACUCACCCAGUGAUAUAUCACUGGCCGUCGACAUUUUCCGUGAUUUCUUGGAACUCAUGGAACAGAGUGUCAACCAUUCUUUGCUUAGAAUGAUGGUCGAGAAUUUAUCUAUUUGCACCGAACCGAUACGAAGACUCAUACACCAAUGUCCAAUUAAAAAUAACGAGUUGGAUUCAUCACGAGAUACUUCUGACCUCGCAGCUGAAGUGGAAGAAUUUGACAAUGUUAUGGAACGGGUCUUACAAACCUGUUUUUUUGCACUGUCAUCGACCGCAGAUCUUCCAAAAAUUCAAGUAAUUAGAUGCGCUCUUAAGCUCCUUGAAUCACUUGAAGCUGAAAUGGUACCGGCAAUUUACAGUUGCUACUUGGAUCCUACGAACAAAGCAGCGAGUUGCCACCUACAAUUUCUAUGGCGUUCCUUCCAAGAGCACUGCACGCACAUGCAAACUAGCUUGGAUUCUAUCGCCGAUCCCAUUGCUUUCUGUCACGUUGCAGAAAAGGUUUUGAAUAACCACAUUACUGAACUUAGAAAAAAUGUUUACGUCCAGGACGUGGUAUUACUUGAACGUCACUGUCGCCCGAUUGUACUGAUCACCACACGAUGUUUGGCAAUUGUAGAAGGGCAAAAUUGGGACGAUGCAACUAAAGCUAAAAUUUAUCUAAAGGAAGUUCAUCUUGCCCUUCGGGAGUUUCGUGGUGCUGCCUUGUUAGCGGUAGGAAACGUCAGCGAUCUUAGUGGUCAUAGAUCGAUGUUGAAGAGAGCCGAACUCGUGCUCAAAUACCUAAUGAAGUGCAUUGAUUCAAUGAAGCAAAUGCAGGAAUCUGAACUGCAUCUAACAGUACAAGAAACUUUAAGAAACGAAAUCAAGGGCACUCCAUCCAUCAUGCUAUUCCCAGAUGACGUCAUUGAUUUACCCUGUGACCCAGUGAAAAGUGUACGGGGUACAACUCUGUUAUAUAAUCCCAACUCAACACGAAUUGGACGCUUACCCAAACGGAAAAUUCUCCAUUCAAAUUACUGCCAAGAAACAAGUGAGCAAGAUGUAUCAGAAAUGUCUCGCUUCAUCGAUACAAAACAAACUUGGAGAACUCGUUGCACUACUAUACCUACAAGAGAGGAAUCCAUUCUGGAUAUGGAAGUGAAACACGAAAUUUCUAAUAUUUCAGAAUCUUUCGAUUUGACAAAUCUUUUGGAAGAGCUCUCUACACUGGAAGGAACGCUGAAAUCUACUCAAUCUAGCCAAAUUUUCGCGGUCGAGUCUCAGGAACAAUUCACUCCAUCCGACACUCACAGUAAAGCUACUCCAUUAAGUGUAAGUAUAAGUACUCCACAGCGACUUAGAGAUUUACAAAUUGUAUCAGAGCGUCUCGCUUUGCUUCGCAAACAAAAUUUCAAUGCGUAACCUCUAGGUUGAGUGGAUUUUCUUUAUUGCUGGAUUUUGCAUUUUAACGUCAUCGUUUAACAUGUGCACUUCAUUAUUCGUUGCUACUUUUUUCAUGUUUUGGGGCUCUCGACCCAAAAAUAAGGCUUCCGACCCUUACGUUUGUGCUUCCAAGCUCAAUCUAAAUAGUUUACAGGAAUGAUUUCAAAAAAUAAAUUUUUUUCCUUCAAAUUUUGGCAUGAAAAUUACCGCAUGUUCGUAGUCGGAAGACAUUCCCAUUGAUAAUUCUAAAGACUCUUUUGGUAAAUCAGGGAUGCAAAUGAUUUCCUUGUGACAUUCAAUCAUUUUCUAUUGGAAGUAAACAAAAAUUAGUAUUAUUUUAGCAAUAAUUAUAGAUACCGCAAACCUUACAAGAAAAUCUGGGUUAGGUCCCAAAGAAACGUCAUGAUUAGAGGCGCCAAUUGUCAUCAAUCCGCAAAACUCUAAUUCUGAACAUUUUUCUAUUAUGAAUUUGGCCAACUUAAUAGCUUCAGAAGGCUCAACUCCAUUUUUGCCUGUAAACAUUGAAGAAACAAAUAGUAAGCAUGCAGUAUGAUUUUUAAAUUGUCUUGUUUAAUUUACUUUCUUCAUCACUGGUCUUAACCUGCACCAUAACUUUCAGUUUCUCCAUUUUAUUAAGUUUUACCCAGGAUUUGUUUAAAGCAUCAGCUAUUUUAACUGAAUCAAUUGUUUCUACCAUGUACAAAUUUUGCACAGAAGCCAGUUUCUUCAUUUUGUUACUUUGCAGAUGGCCAAUCAUAUGCCAACGAAUGUCUGGGCACUCUUCCAAAAUCUAGGAAUGGUACUACUCAAUUUAGAUUUAAAACAACAGUAAUAAUUCAAGUAUAUCAUUAAUAAAUUUACAGACUUUUGGAUCAGUUGAUUUUCCUCCCAGCUCUGGAAUAUAGUUCUCUCCAAAAUGUCUUUGUCCACCAUGAUAAGCCUCAAUGACAUCAUCAACUGGUUUAGUUUUUGAAACAGCUACUAAUGUAGGUGCUUUAAAAGCGGCCGCCUAUAAGGAAAAUGAAAAAUUCCGUUUAUAGAAAAAUUCAGGUUAAAGCAAGACAGUAAAGUACAUACCUCUUGGACUCUUUUCAAAGAGGCUGCCAUCAUUUUGGCUUUUACAAAUUCCAGGUUUUCUUUUAUGUAUUGUGAAGUUGUCAUUUUUCUAUUGCUUUGAAUUUGUAAGGCAAUUGGUUUAAACACCCACAAAUUCAAGGACUGGCAGUGACGGAAAUUAUAAAAUACCAUGAAUGAGACUACACUUAUGUAAUCACUUUUGAAACACUUGACAUAAUUUCGUCUGCAAUUGAACCGUCAGUGUUGCAUGACAUUUUCCAUCACCUUGUUCAAGUUAAUUUGAAAAAUUUGUUCUAUUUUAAUUAUACAUGAAAAUAAUCAAUUACAAUUCAGUAACAACGUAAACAGGAGAAGCGUUUAUGAUAUUUACAGAUUGACCAGAUUGACAGUCAUCGGAGUUUCGGAGAUCCGACUCAUCGCAAAUGUUGUUCAUCUUUAUCAAACUGCUCAUCGCACUUUAGUCGUGUCUAGUUUUCGGCUUCUCAAGGAAGAGUGGUGUCACGUCUUAUCUGCCGCAGUACAAGGGUUCCGUUGCAAUCGAGCGAUGUCAGGUGGUUCACGAGGCAUAGUGGCUCUUUUCAAAUCUACGGAUGAAACUACUUCUAAUGACGAUCGCUACUUAUCCAUUCUAGAAGAGAACAACUUUAUAGGAAUGUUGGUCCCAACACUCUCAUUUCAGUUUCAAACAGAACAUCUAAGAGAAUGUCUUAAUCAACCGGAAAAAUACUCAGGAAUGAUAUUAACGAGCCAGAGAUCUGCAGAAUCUGUUAAUAAAGCUUUUGCUGAUUUGUCUGAUGCAUGGAAAGAGAAGCGACACUAUUGUGUUGGUAUUAAAACCGCAGAAACGGCUGCGACGCUUCUUGGCUUAAAGAAUCUGGCAGGACAAGAUUGCGGAAAUGCAGCGAAUCUCAGUUCAUUAAUAGUGCAGGGUUUGACAGAAAAAUAUUUUUUUAUUUAUAAAUUUGUAUACUAUCAUUUAACAUAUAGAAUUUCAAAAUGGUUAUCUCCCGCUGCCACUCCUAUUUCCGUGUAGUAGCUUAAAGAUGGAUACUCUUCCGCGAACACUAGCAGAACACGAUGUAUCCAUUGAAAUAGUAAACAGCUACGUGACUGUUCCCCACCCACUUUUACAGGACUUUGUUCUUCAACUGUCCCAUAAAGUACCUGAUUAUCUAGUUUUUUUUAGCCCUUCUGGCGUGAAUUUCAGUUUACCAUUCAUUCGGGAAUUGGGCUUAAUCGCCAAUUCUAAAAUUAUUAGCAUAGGUUCUACUACAGAACGUGCUUUGCAGGAUUCCAACAUUUCCGUUAGCCGAGUUUGCAGAAAACCAACUCCGGAAGAUUUCAUUGCAGCAAUUAAUUCUUUAUCUUAACAAAAUUCUUUACAAGAAUCCUGCCUUAUAUCCUUUCACAAUGUUUUGCGUAAUCAAAAUAAAAUAGGAAGUUCGGCGACUAACCACGAGAGGGAGUCGUGUUUGUUAUUGUGAUUAGACAUUUGCUUGACAUUAUUGCAACAGCAGACAACAGUCGACGUUAGAAAGUGAUGCUGACGAGUUGCAAGUGACCUUGUUCGUUAUGCCAUUAGUUUUAUAGAUUUGAAUUUGAAUUUGAAAUCAUGGUCUACAUAUCUUCAGGUGGGCAACUUGUCCAGAACGAUGGCGGUUGGUCAAUCCAGAAAGUUAAGAGAACAUUCUGGAAUUUCAUUGACGGAGUUCUUUUAUUCUUUCAAACUCUUGUAAGCCCUGGGUCUAACCGAAGAGGUAGUAGAUAUGUCACCCAGUAUGGCACACCAGGAGCAAGUGGUAGUGGCACCCAAAGACGUAUAGGUAGACCAGGAAAUGUCAGUGGAGUUGCUGCACCACCUUGUGGAACAGGAGGAGGAUGAGGUUAAAGUUGAGAUCAUGACUUUACCAUCAUUGGUCUCUUUGAAUCUUUUCACAUGGCUAGACUUGCUUCAUUUAUUGAGCAUAAUGAAAUGGUUGUGUUAAACCCUUCUUUUAGGGAGAACUUCCAUGGAUAUAAGUAAUGGCUGUGUGAAUAUUACAAAUACAUUCAGAAUUUUUAUUUGUGAAA